AUAUUUGUCAUUUUUAUUGCGAGAGGCACAGUGUUUUUGUUGGAAGUUCCAAGGAUUCAGAGAAAGAGAAGGUGAGAAGAGCCAAUUUUUGAUAGUAAUGAACUUCUUCAGACCACUCGGACCAGCAUUAUGUAUUGAGUCAUGAAGGAUUUUGAUUUCAGGCAAGCCAAAAUAGGACAAGCAAAUGAAAAAAUGGAUGGUCGCCCUGAAGCGGUCAAAACAAGGGCUGAAUUGAAAGAGCAGUUUGAGGAGUUUGAGCUGCUGAAAAACAUCACAAUCAGAUACAACCCAGCCCCGUCGGAAUUGAAACGUUACCGAGAAAGUCAUUUGCUGAAAUUGAAGGCAAAUUGCUCUACGCUGCUCUCCGAGCUGGAGAAUUAUUGGGGCCGAACAAAGUCUGCCAUGGAUUUGAUUUUGUGUAAGAGGCUUGAAAUUUCUCAAAUCGAAAUUGAUGAGAAAAUGAUUGCUGUAUCCAACACAAUAAACGAAGGCAUCAAACAGCUGAUGGAGAAAAUAGAACCACAGUCACUGUAUAAUUCAAGGUCUGUGGAUGCCCACAAGCAAGAAGUUCCGUCAGCAGGCCCCUCCACACCUUCAUCACUCAGUAGCGGAGUUGCUUCAAUUCUGGCCACGGGGAAAGCAGGAACAAAUGAUGCUUUGAUGUCACCCCCAAAAUCUCAGCUGCUGAUCUCCGGAUGCACGAUCACAACUGAAAACACACCUGACAAAAACACUUCAGUAGAGGCGUUAUCACCAACAGCCGCAAGAAUCGAAGAAAUUGAUCUCGUUUCUGACUCGGAAGAUGACGUCCAAAAUGUGCCCGAGACGCAGCCACAGCAACUACCAAAUCAGCAGCCGCAACAACAACAACAGCAGCAGCCGCUACAGCCAGAACAGCAGCAGCAGCAGCCCCCAAUCAAGACCAAGGACGAGAUCAGUUCAUUGAAAAUUGAGCCUGAAAUGAAAAAUUACAACUUGCACAAUGUUGCAUACUUUUAUGAUGAAAGUAAAGAUGGUGGAAGGGUUGAGUGCCUGGUCUGCAGCUGUAGCUACUUGAAUUUUGGUGCUAUUACGAAGCACUACAAAUCCAAACAUCCAAACACAGAGGUUCUGAUAUCGAGAUUCUCGCCUGCCGCCUUGGAGAAAGCCCUGCAAGAAGUGGACAUUGCGACCCCGAUGAAAGGAACCUUCCAGUGUCGCCUGUGUCCGUUGCGCAUGCAAAAUUUAAGCAUGUUCAUGGACCACGUCUCCUCUCACACUGGCGAAUUCAACUACCGGUGCUCCGAGUGCGACUACACCUUCCCUGAGCAGAGGACGCUGUCUUACAGAUCGCACUGGGACAAAUAUCACAGCCAAAAGAAGAGGAUCAGGUCUUCUACAGAGUUCAUCGAGAGGAAUGCGGUGCCGCGUCCACCAGUCCUCAACUUCAUUCCUGGCUACGUUUGCUCCGUGUGCAACUGGGUGCAGUUGAAGAAGAAGAGGGUUGAACUGCAUGUCAAGAAUGCACAGCAUGGCACUUGCGAGGACAUCAAAAUGGUCAAUAUGGUCUCUUGUGUGUCCGUGAGUCCAUGCAAAAAGAAGAAACUCUCACCUACUGAUGUCGAUGAUGAGUUCGACUAGGGUGAAACACCAAGCAACUUGGUGGUAAAGACAUUUUGUUGAUUUUGUAUUCAAACAAUUUUUGUUUACUUGCGGAACUUACAAACUGUUGUCAAUGACUUGUUUAUUGAGAAAAGGAUGUAUGAAUUUCCAUUAUUUAAAUGACAGCUAACGGAUUUAUUUAAAUUCUAAGCUUUAUUUCCUGAAUUUGUUAAUUAAUAUUAAUACUUUGAACUAUUUGGAAUGGCCUUCACUCCAACAGGUGCAAAACAAGUUUGCAUUGGAAAAAGAUAAUUUAUCAAUUUAUGACACCACCCAAUUGUUUAGAAGAGAGGAAAAUUAUAUUAUCAUUUAUCAGAAGAGAUGAUGUACGUGCAGAUUAAAGUGUUUUUCAAAUUCUA